UGAGAAGAGUGAAGCCCGCAGGGGGAGGAGGCCAGGAGGGAGGAGGGGCUAUACAGUAAACACGAGCUGCCCGCCGCCCGUACCUUCACUCGAGAUGCCGCCGCUCGGGGAACCUUCACUAAGCCUGACCCUGAGCAAAGGUUACGCAGAGAGUGGCAUGGAAGGGCGGCGCGGGCACUUCACUAUACCUGCCUGCACCUCCCACCACUAGGAACCUAAGAAGUCUUGGUGCUUAACAUGGAAGAAGAAAAGUUAGCUGCUAAAAGUCAUUCAAGAGUACAAUUAGAUUAAAAAAAUCAUUUGAUAGGAAAGUAUUUUGAAUUACUAAGUUGCAUUAAUGUGCGCUAGGAAGAACUCUAUACCAAGUACUACCAAAGAUUAUACAUACUAGAUUAUAUAGAUCAGAAAAUAAGCCUCAGAAAGACUGCUUAUUUUAUUGUAAAUAAGUACAUAAGGAAUGUCUGUUUAGCUGAUGUACAUGCAUGAGUGUAGUUGUGUGAUAUGGUUGGGCUUGGGUGGUAUGCCUGGUUAGCAGUUUGCCUCCUGUGGUGGAUAUUCUCUGUGGAGGUGACUGCCCAGCUGCCCGACGAUCUGCUCACCACCACAGUUCUUAUGACAUUGCAGUACUCCUUCAUGCUGCUGUUCAUCAUUUCUGCAGCACAUCUCUACCACAACCUGCUCCCACAUCCCACCCAAGGAAUCAUUGGCAAGGGACUCUCAUGAAUGUGGACUCUUGAAAGGAUUGCAUACUGAAUAGAACUGAAAUUUAUAGGGAAAAGAAACUCUAAUGAAAAGGAUAGCUGAUGAGAGCAGCAGUCCUCACAUUAACUGAAAGGGAAACACCCAGGCCUAGCAUGGUGGUGUCUAUGGCAGGAGUGCUUGUUGCCCUGGCAGUGGUGGCAGGGCAUGUGUGGGUUGUCUACAUCACUGCGCCACACCUCCUACCCCCUGAUGCCUGGCUCAUUACUGCCCUUGAUCUGCUGGCUCACUGGGCUCUGGUGUGGGAGAUCACUGCUUUCUGCACAUUUCUUAAUGAGGUGGAAAUAAAAGGAAAUAGUGGUGGGUUUGUGACCGAAUUAAGAAACAGAUGGAUAUAGUGCAUCUUUGAAGCGUUGUUAGUACAUUGCAAAAAAUAAAAUAAAAUAAACUGAAUAGUAUUUAAAAGCAUCUUAAUUGUGUGUAAGGCAAAUUUUAAUGAAAAAUCAUAUUAUUAUAAGUUAACAUUUUCAUUAUGGAAAAAAGUGGAAAUGAAAACAGUCUACAUGUCAGCAUAAAGUUGCACGCUCUCAGUGUGAUCAAGCCAGCUGUUAACAUUGAUACCAUGAACAACUCAACUUCUGGGGAGAAUAUAGACAUUCCUGGCAAUGGUGCUGACAAUAUGAAGACUGAAAAAGCAGAUCAUUCCAAGGCAGAGUCACUGUCAUCAUCAGAGGAAGGAGAAUAUAUAUCCUGCACUAAUUCAGUAGCACCUGAGGAAGCCAGUAGCCAUCCAUCCCCAGUGCUGCCACCUGAGCCCACUUGUAAUGUAAAGAUGAGUGCAAACGUGGCCAGUAAACUCAAUCAAAUGCGUGAGUCAAGGGAGAGUUUGGAUGAUAACACAGAAAACAGUGAGGAUUUAAUAGAUGAAAUGAAUGAGCAACCUCACAUGGACCCUGGUACCCAGAAUGCCACUAGCACCUCACAGAAACCUUUGUUGCGGCAGGUGUUUCCUUGUAUUUCCUGCCUUCCAUUUGAGAACAAUAUUGUAUUCUGCUUUGUUCUCUCUGUCUGGGAUAAUAUAGUUGGGCCUCAAACUGUUAAUGUGUGGAAAAGAAAAUCCUUUCCUACUCAGAAGACCUUUGAUGAUUUGUUUGAGGGAGAAGUGGAGGUUGGUGAAGAUCUCACAAAUGUAAGGAGAGCAAGCAUCCAGUCACUGUUGGGCAUGGAGGCAACACAUCAGAGCACUCCCACUUCAGUUGCUGGGAGUUGGUCAGAAAAACAGAAUGAGGGUAGAAUUAAUUCUAGAAGCUAUAGCAGCACCUCCAAUGAUUCUGAUAUGUAUUCUUCCACUGAACAAGAACGGAAAUCUCCAGCAAAACGUAUUGGAAGACUGUUAAGCAGCACCAGACGGUUAUCAUCACCACGGCUAAAUAGAGAUGGAAACAGAGGACUGUCAAGUAGUGCUGAAGCCUUCUGUGAAGAUGUUGGGAAUUCCAUUUUGAUGCAGUCUCUCAGCACUAUCAAGGAUAAACCAAAGACAGCACAGGGAGAUGUGAAUUUCAGACCUGAAGAUUUUCAAGAUGGAGGUGCUCUUCCAGAACCUAGAGUAAAGGAGCAAGUUCCUCAAAGUGAUCCUGCAAAGAACUUCAUUGACUGUGAAGGAGAACCAGAGGGACAAGAAUUUGGCAGCAAGUGGGUGUAUGGACGCAGCCGGCUGAGAGUGGGCACAGUGGUAUGGUAUGUGACAGUGCACAGCGUUGGGGUUGGACAGGUGGGGCCGGCCUCCAAGAAAGUUACUUCCUCCCUCCAUGUUGUGCCACACCAGGGAAUCAUCAUUGUUGCUGCAAGGUUCACUGUGGAUGAGGAAGAAGGUGCUGUGCCAUACUGCCUCUCCAUGGUGGUGCCUCUUGAGGAAUACAACAACUUCCUCCCACUCAGUCAAAUGGUCAUCAGGUGGCUGGUCACCAUUGCAACUACCACAAGAUUAUUACUUACAAAGCAUGGUCUUAAAGGAGGAAAACUAGUGAAGGAGAAGCUGGUGGAACUGUGUGAGGUGCUUGUGGCCCUGCGCAGCGCCUCGCUGGACCAGUACCCGCUGACCCCAGCUGGGCAACCUCCAGAUGACCGCAGGUUUGCAGAGGUGAUUCUGACAUCACACCUGCAGACCAUGGGCAGCACAGUGGUGGUGGCAGACUCCCCAAAUGCUGCCAAUAAGGUAAUAAUGUGGUUGGCACAGUUCUCUGACCCCAGCACCCUCCCAGCCUCCCGAUUGUGCCUCUCCUACACACAGUGGCCCUUCCAUCCUGGUCUUUUCAUACAGGGAAUAGUACGGAGCUCAAAUGGGGAAGUGAACCUCUCUGCUCAGAAGUUGAUCCAGUCCUCCCGGCCACUGACAGUCGUUGAUGUCAACCGAGGCACAGUGAAGCAGACUGGUCCUCCUGAUCUUCAUGCUCGUCGCAACUCCUCAGCUUUGCGUCAGGAACUAGUCUCUCUCUGGCAUGGCCUCUCAGACAUAUCUGUACCCUCAGAGAGCCUGCUGGAGUCCAUGCGUUCGGCAGCCCCCAUGGUGAAGCGUUUCCUGCAUGACUAUGACCGCUUGAGUUCCUGCACUAAUGAGGUGCGGCAGGACUUUAUACGAGCAUUUUUGCGGUCUCUCAGCUACACUGCCUUGGCACUCAUCACCUGGACUAGACAUGAGUGGUCAGUCCAACGUCGGAAGUCUGGCUAUGGUUCCCUGAGGCGUGCACUGUGUUCUGUGUUUGACUUAGACGAGGCAGACCUGAAGGUAGUGCUGGCCCAGGCAGAGAUCCUCGAGCCUGGAUUUUACUCAUAUGUCUCCUCAUUGUCACAGUGAAGGUGGAGAGCAGCCCCACAAAUUCCAUUUUCUUCAGGUUGUAGUUUCUGGUCAGUCUGAGUAAUGUCUCAGCAAAGAUUUUAUCCUGCAAGAGAGAGAUUUUAGUAGCAGUGUUGCAGGAGUGAGCAGUUAGUUAAGUUACAUGAUUCAUUCUUGCCAUAAUCCUUAAGGAAAUGUCAUAAGAAAUUACUGCCGACCUCUGAUGUCAGGAAAAUAGUAUAUAAUUUAUUACUAAUGAAGUGGUAUGCUAUCAAAAAAUAUAUAUGUAAACUGUACAUAUAGUAUAUUGUAUACCCACUGUUUAAAAUGUCCAGAGCAAACAUUUCAUGAGAAUACAAAUAAUCCAUGUUAUGUUUGUGUUGAACUUGUCACAGCAAUUGUGUCUAGUCCCAAAUUUAUUCCAGGAUGUUGAACUUGCAUCUGAUUUCAUCGAUACAUUUCCUCUAUACAUUUAAGUAUAUUCUUAAGAUGAUGAAAGCUAAUAAAGAUCUAAAAAUCAUUGGUGUUGAGCAUGUAAUAGAAAACUUGUUCUGAGUCAGUACAAGGUGAACAUUUUUUUAUAUAGGAGUCUGGAAAAAACACCCAUGAUCUCGAUACAAAAAUUAGUGUGUGGCCCAAUAAUACUGCCAAUUAAGACCACCUAUACAGUCUUUUCAAAGGUUUUAAAUUAUCAGCAAAUUUUGUUUUUGUGUGAAAAAUAAUAAUGUUUUGCUUGUACAUAGUGAUGAUGGUACUGACAGUACACAUGCAAAGCUGUAGAGUGGUUAUUUUUGCACAUAGCAAAUUGCUUAUCAAAGUACACUUAAUGCUUAUCAAAGUACACUUAAUGCUGGUACAGAACAUUAAAAGCAGGCCUAGUAUUUAAAGUCUACACCAGAUGUAUGCAAGUAAGGAAAUCUUGCUUUUCUCUAAAAUUCCAUUGAGUUAGAACACAAUGUGAUUUCCUCUAAUUCAAAUAGUGUUCAAAAGCUGAAAACUACCAAUGUGAUUUCCUCUAAUUCAAAUAGUGUUCAAAAGUUGAAAACUACCAAUCAAACCAUUCACAAGAAGAAUCUACUGUAAUGUUUAAGUAAUUUUUGUAAAAUCUGUGAUAUGCUUUAUACUUUACCUUAAUGUAUUUUAAACUACUGCACCCACUGAAGUUCAGUACUAAUAUACAGCAAAAUAUACUUACUUUAGUUCCCAGUUAGAGAUGAUUCUGUCCACAAUGACAGCAGCAUCUUAAAUUCCUUCACAUGUUUUUGCCAUUAGUCUGUCUUUCCAGAUGUAAAAAUUUUCAAUCUACUGCCAGCUUGCUAUAGGCCAUUUAUAGCUUCAUUGUUGCUGCUAGCACUAUGCAGAGGGCACCAUGGAUGAUGGUCACAUUUAACCUCCCUGCAAAAUAUAUAUGUAAUAAAUUAUUGACAGUUGUGCUUCUUGGGCCCAAAAGAUAAAUUUAUGGUUCUAUAUAUAGUAGGGCUUCACUUUUUGAACUUAAUGCAGACUUAUGACUUGUAAGAUAAAUGGCAACCACAUCAAAACACACACACACACACACAAGAUCACAACUUGCUAAAAAUCUGGAUUAAAUUGGGUAUAUGCUACACUUCUUGAACUUAAAUAAUUUACAAAUUAUUAUGUGUUUGUGGUUUAUCCACCUCAGCAUGAAGCAUUUAUUGCCAAAGAUUUGGAAUUUUCCUGGUCUAUCAUACGAGCUGCACUGGACCUCAGCUGCAGCCUGACUGCACAGUGAAUUCAGUUCCCACUGGUGUGUGAGGGUGACUGCACAGCUGCAUUCAGUGAUACUCGUGCCUUCUUAUCUUUGUCGUCUUGAGUGUAUGGAAUAAUUUGAAGUGGAUAUUUUAAUAUGCUACAGUCAUCUUGAUUAUGAUUCACAUUACUCAAUACUGCUAGACAGAUGAAAAGUUGUUAAAAAGUUGCAUGUAGUUCUGUUUUAAUACUGUAUCUUGUCAAUGCUCUUAAUUAUUAAACAAAAAAACAUUCAACAUUUACAUGUGUACACAAAGUCCUCUAAGUUACUAGAGUCACAGUACAUUUAGUGCACAGAAUAUGCUUAGCUUGGCUUUCAGGUAACAUCAUUGUUGGAGUAACCAAAAAGGAAUUUUAAUUCAUUGCUGGCAUAAGAAUCUACCAGUUUUGCUAAGUUUAGUGCUAGAUAAUUUUGUAUGACAUGAUAAAUCACCUAAUUUAGAGGCUUCACUUGAAUUUAGACUUCAUAUUAAAAAGACCAUUUUUCAUGGAAAGCCAAAGUUAUAAAGUUCAUGUAACUACUGGCAACUGAACCACCACCAGUGCUUGUAGUAAAAUGAAAUUAUUCUGGAAAAUAGAUUACACUAUUAAUGAGUAACAAAUAAGAAUCCAAGAAAUGAUAAGUGAUAUAAGCUGUGUAUCAAAUUACUUCUUGAAAGAAAAAUCCAAAGGUAAAGACACAGAGUAGCCAGAAUUAUUGCUGGAAAUGAUUUAGUACAGUGACUACAUAAUGCUGAGAUCAAUAAAAUGCUGAUCCAUGAUAUGUUAUGUAGUGACAGCACUCAGAAAGGCCAUGCUACAAUUUUUCAUUUAGAAAAAAAUGAGAAUUUAAUUCUUAUAAUAUCCAGUGUAUGAAAUAAGGAUAACAUGUAUUGCAUUUGCAUAAAUUUGCAUGGUCUAGAAUUGUUAUACUGAUUUUUCUGUUGUAGAAUUUGUGGCUCCUACACUUACAUUGGCACAAUGUGAUAAUGCCAUUGUUCUGAAAGCAGUGCUAUAGCAUACCAUUUCAUUGAAGCUUGAAGAAAACCUAGGAUAGAGUAUAUGUUAGUGUGCUGCGUGCAUGCUGAUGGCCAGAUAAAAAUGUUCCUGUGAUUGUACUAUGCCUUAUCACCUGCCACCACUCUUGAGUUUUGAAGGUGUAGAUUAAGACUGCCAUAAGCCUCACAGUUAGUUGGUAUCAACACUAGUAUUGUUGCUUGUUAUUAUAGCAAUAAAAUAUUGAGGCUGUUAAUAACUUAUGAUACAUGUUUAAUGCAGCAUUGUUUUGAUUAUAUUUUGAAUAAAUAAAUAUUGCUGAGCAACCUGA